AUAUUUACAGCGAUUAUCAAAGCCUAGGUCAAGUUUCACGUCAUGAUUUUCACGUAGCGUAGAGAAAUCGUUCGAGGUUAGGAAUCUAGUUCUGACUGGGGUAGAGUCGGAAAAUGGCGACAGUCAGAGCUCUGAACCACAUUCUACGGCGAAAACCUUUUGUAGUACCUAGUGUACCACUAUCACCAACAUCAUCAUGCUGCUUCACCACUGGCAAAAUGUGUAGAUCAUCAUCUCAAAAAUCCGUAUCAAAAAUUGACGAGAGCAAUACUGGUGGACAAGUGUCCACCACUUUUGCGGAAGUAGUCAAGGAGAACACAAAGUCUGCUUGGUACGUUAGCGUGAUAAUCGCAGGGGUCGGUGUAACUGCCGUCAUGUUCUACGCAAUCUUCAGAGAAUUGUUCUCAGGCAAGAGUCCCAACAGUGUGUAUUCGAAGGCCCUUGACAGGAUAAUGAAGGACCCAAAGGUGCUCGAUGCCCUGGGGGAGCCCAUCAAGGCUUUCGGAGAGGAGAAUCGUCGGGGUAGACGUCGACACGUGAACCACGCUGUUUAUGUGCAUAACAACAAGCAAUACAUGAGGAUGCAAUUCUACGUACAGGGAUUGCGAAAGCGGGGCACUGUCCACCUGGAAGUGCGCGAAGACGAUGCAGGAGACUUCGUGUACCGCUAUCUAUUUAUUGAGUUGGAGGACAUGUUGCGCACUGUCAUCGUCGUAGAGGACAAUCGAGCAGCCGAAAUGCAGACAAAUAAAAUCGAGGAUGUAGCUCCAUUCGCCUUUCCUUUGAAUUAAUGAAUCAUUUCAGCAUUGUAGAUUUACUAUUCUCAUGUCUGGUCUGAAGCGCAUAAAAUCUUCAUAAGACACGGCAGAUUAUUUUCCAAGAAUAAAUUUUUACAUAUUGAAACCCAU